AUGCUCGUCCCCAGGGCUCAGGGUUCUGAAAGCCCCCCCGACCCUUCCGGGGGUGUUUGCUGGCUUCACUGCUGUGGCCCAGCCCCUGGCCCAGCCACGGGUCCGAGGCAGGUACUCCAAAUAGUGUGCGACGACGACUUCGGCCUCCAGGAGGCCACGGUGGCCUGCCGCCAGCUGGGCUUCGAGGGGGCCUUGACCUGGGCCCACAGCGCCAAGUACGGCCAAGGCGAGGGGCCCAUCUGGCUGGACAACGUGCGCUGUGUGGGCACCGAGAACACCCUGGAUCAGUGCAGCUCCAACGGCUGGGGUGUCAGCGACUGCAGCCACUCGGAAGACGUCGGGGUGGUGUGCCACCCCCAGCGCCACCGAGGCUACCUUUCUGAGAGGGUCUCCAAUGCCCUGGGGCCCCAGGGCCGGCAGCUGGAGGAGGUGCGGCUCAAGCCCAUCCUCGCCAGCGCCAAGCGGCGCAGCCCGGUGACCGAGGGCGCCGUGGAGGUGAGGUACGACGGCCACUGGCGGCAGGUGUGUGACCAGGGCUGGACCAUGAACAACAGCCGGGUGGUGUGCGGGAUGCUGGGCUUCCCCAGCGAGACGCCCGUCCAGAGUUACUACUACAGGAAAGUCUGGGAUCUGAAGCUGAAGGACUCCAAGUCCAGGCUGAAGAGCCUGACCGUCAAGAACUCCUUCUGGAUCCACCGGGUCACCUGCCUGGGGACAGAGCCCCACCUGGCCAGCUGCCAGGUGCAAGUGGCCCCCGCCCAGGGCAAGCUCAAGCCGGCCUGCCCGGGGGGCAUGCACGCCGUGGUCAGCUGUGUGGCGGGGCCUCGCUUCCGCCCGCACAAGGUGAAGCCGCGCCGCAAGGAGUCAGGGGCAGAGGAGCCGAGGGUGCGCCUGCGCUCUGGGGCCCAGGUAGGCGAGGGCCGCGUGGAAGUGCUCGUGAACCACCAGUGGGGCACGGUGUGCGACCGCCGGUGGAACCUCGUCUCUGCCAGCGUCGUGUGCCGACAGCUCGGCUUCGGGUCUGCGCGGGAGGCCCUCUUCGGGGCCCAGCUGGGCCAAGGGCUGGGGCCCAUCCACUUGAGUGAGGUGCGCUGCCGGGGGUACGAGCGGACCCUUGGGGACUGCCCCGCCCUGGAAGGGGCCCAGAAUGGGUGUCAGCAUGAGAACGAUGCCGCCGUGAGGUGCCAUGUCCCCGACAUGGGCUUUCGGGGUCAGGUGCGCCUGGCUGGGGGACGCAGCCCCGAGGAGGGCGUGGUGGAGGUGGAGGUGGAGGUGAACGGGGUCCGGCACUGGGGGAGCGUGUGCAGCGACCACUGGGGCCUCCCCGAAGCCAUGGUGGCCUGCCGACAGCUCGGCCUGGGCUUUGCCAACCACGCCAUCAAGGACACCUGGUACUGGCAGGGGACGCCGGGGGCCGGCGAGGUGGUGAUGAGUGGGGUGCACUGCUCGGGCUCGGAGCUGGCCCUGCAGCAGUGCCAGAGGCACGGGCCAGUGCACUGUUCCCAUGGCGCUGGGCGCGCCUCGGCCGGAGUCUCCUGCAUGGACAGUGCUCCAGACCUGGUGAUGAACGCCCAGCUGGUGCAGGAGACAGCCUACCUGGAGGACCGGCCGCUCAGUCAGCUGUACUGCGCCCACGAGGAGAACUGCCUGUCCCAGUCGGCCGACCGCAUGGACUGGCCCUACGGACAUCGACGCCUGCUACGCUUCUCCACGCAGAUCUACAACCUGGGCCGGGCCGACUUCCGUCCCAAGACAGGCCGCCACAGCUGGAUUUGGCACCAGUGUCACAGGCACUACCACAGCAUCGAGGUCUUCACGCACUAUGACCUCCUGACUCUCAACGGCUCCAAGGUGGCCGAGGGGCACAAAGCCAGCUUCUGUCUCGAGGACACAAACUGCCCCACAGGACUGCAGCGGCGCUAUGCGUGCGCCAACUUUGGGGAGCAGGGCGUGACCGUAGGCUGCUGGGACACCUACCGGCAUGACAUCGAUUGCCAGUGGGUGGACAUCACGGACGUGGGCCCCGGGGACUACAUCUUCCAGGUGGUUGUGAACCCCAAAUACGAGGUGGCCGAGUCGGAUUUCUCCAACAACAUGAUGCAGUGCCGCUGCAAGUAUGAUGGGCACCGGGUCUGGCUGCACAACUGCCACACAGGGGAUUCGUACCCAGCCAGCACAGAGCUUGCCCUGGAGCAGGAAGAGCGCCUCAGAAACAACCUGAUCUGAAGCCGCCUCUGCACUCCCAGCUGCCGCUCAUACACCAGAUACCUCAGCCCGUCAGAGCCGUGCCCUCUGCGCCCCGACUCUGAGGAAGUGGGCCAGUGCCCCGGAGGUACCAAGAACCUGCUCAGGAAGCCUUCUGACGGCAAGACCGCCCACCCAGGUGGCACUGCUCCCUCGGGCUGGCGCCCGGCCUGUCCC